AUGCCUUUGUUGGUCCUCUCCUGUCUUGUUCAGUUGGUGAGUGUGCGUCGGUCGUUGUUCACCAAUCCGGAACGGCAAACGUUCCUCGGCGAACUGGUUGGCGGGACAAGAACUAUCUUGGCCAAUCAGAGUGCCAGUUUGUCGAAUCCGGAGACUUAUCACGAAUUCUGCCGACUCCUGUCCCGACUGAAGUGCAAUUUCCAGCUCACUGAACUGAUUGGUUUGGACUGCUAUGCAGAAUUCAUUCAACUCAUCACUGCGUUCACUGUGCACAGUCUUAAAUCCUUCCCUCGGAGCACGAACAGUAACAGCAUACACUAUCUACUUGCUCUCUGGCAACGCUUGGUUGCCAGCCUCCCAUAUGUACAAUCCCCUGACUCUGAGCUGUUGGAGAAUGCUGCAUCCCAGGUAUCCCGUACCUAUAUCGAAGCUUGUCUGGCUUCAGUCCCGGAUUACGUAAACUGCCCCAGCCACAUUCGAUCCGCUUCGACGAAACCCGGCAAGGCGGAUAAUGAGCCCUGGGCUGGAUUCGGAUCAGCUGGGACCGGGGUGAACCGCACGCGACGAUCUAAAGCGGGUCGGGGUGACAGUUUUGUAGAGGACGAGGAAGAUGAUGUAUCGGAGUGUCCGCUGGACGAUUUGACCACGUUGUCCCAGCAACUAGAACAGUCUGACAUGACACGAAUCAUCUUUAUGCAACGCAAACUUUCCGCCUCGUUCCGUGAUUCACUUUUACUGCCAAUAUUCCGCCUCGGACUGAAUCUGCUGCGGGAGGCAGAUAAAAAUAUCUCGUCACUGGAUCUCAGCAAUCUUGGUCAAGUGAGUUACACUACAGUUUCUUGGUUGCUUCAGUUCUUCCACCCACCCCCGCUCCCCCUCCCUUUUCCUAACCCCGGCAAGAUGUUCACAUUUUUCUCACAUGCGAAACAUGUUUCUUUCGAGGUAGUAGGUAGAUUUCCGGACACGGAAAAGUUGUCGUUCUUAGUGGGAAAUGAGGAUCAGCUGCAAUCAUUUCGUUGUGAGAACAGCAGUCACUGGUAG